AUGAUACUUAAUACCCCGUUCACACGAUUGUUUGCUGCAUUUUCUUUGAUAGCAGCUGCCCGUGAAUCAGUAGCCAACGGGGCCGCUCUUCGAAUUCUGCCUCUUGGAGACUCGAUCACUUACGGUUUCCUCGAGCCAGAAGGUAACUCAUAUCGUCGGGACCUGCAAUGUCUUCUCUCAGAAGGAGGGAGUCCCGUCCAAUACAUUGGGCAGCUAAGUAACGGCAAUUGGCCAAACAACGCCACUGACGGAUUCAUCGGGCAAACCAUAGACCAAAUCAGUGCAAGCGGUGAUCCCGAAAUCACAGGCUCACCAAAAGCCAACGUCGUCCUGCUCCACGCUGGAACCAACGAUAUGAUUGGAGACGACACUGUGGAUGAAGCUCCAGCUAGACUCGGGAAUCUAAUUGACAAGAUCCUCUCCAACAGUCCUGCAACAUUUGUCCUUGUAGCACAAAUAUUGAACGAUGCGAAUUCGACAGUAAAUGAUCGAAUUCAAGUCUUCAACUCCCAGUUACCUGCUAUCAUUGAGGCGAGAUCCAAUGCAGGCAAGCCCGUUAGGCUUGUAAGCAUGUCUUCUGUUCCAACCACUGAUAUGAUUGAUGGAACGCAUCCAAAUGAGGUUGGGUAUAUGAAGAUGGCUAAUAUUUGGUACCCUGCGUUGGUUCAAGCAGGAGAAGAUGGCUUGAUAGUUGCUGCCGAGGGAGUCGUCACUGAUGGCGGGCCAGGUUCGUUACCUGCGGGAGGAGGCGCUUGCUCGACUCUGCCCUAUUGA